GACUGUUGAGGACGGAAGGCAGUGCUUGUGGCUGUGGGGGAGCGUUACCGGCGUCGAGUUUUUGUCGUCGAGACGGGGAGGGGUGCGGUUGGUCGGGUGUGUGUGUUUUUUUUGGGAGGGGGGGGGGUCUUUUUCCCCCACUUCUCUUCUCCUCCCGUACCUUUCGACUCCUCUUCCCGCAGAGCCCGAUCUCGUUUACAUACCGAGGCGGCCUACGCCGGGUCCUGUUGUUGUGGCCGAGGUCCCCGUGUGGUGGCAGCCAAGCCUGGCCCUCGGCGCAUGGAGUGAAGCCUGGAAACUUCCAGAAGACGGCAGCCUCGCUUCUCUGCACCCCCCGUUUCUGACCUAAAAUCGUAACCCUUUCCCAAGCAGCGAAAAUGGUGUUAGCGGAUCUUGGGAGGAAAAUCACCUCCGCGCUGCGCUCUUUAAGCAACGCGACCAUCAUCAACGAAGAGGUUUUGAAUGCUAUGCUAAAGGAAGUAUGCACGGCUUUACUGGAAGCAGAUGUUAAUAUAAAACUGGUGAAGCAGCUCAGGGAAAAUGUCAAAGCAGCUAUAGACCUGGAGGAAAUGGCAUCUGGCCUUAAUAAAAGAAGAAUGAUCCAACAUGCUGUAUUUAAAGAGCUAGUCAAGCUUGUAGAUCCAGGAGUUAAGGCCUGGACACCAACAAAAGGAAAACAAAAUGUCAUCAUGUUUGUGGGCCUUCAAGGUAGCGGUAAAACAACAACCUGUUCAAAGCUAGCAUACUACUUCCAGAGGAAGGGCUGGAAGAGUUGCUUAAUAUGUGCUGACACAUUCAGAGCAGGUGCAUUUGACCAAUUGAAACAGAAUGCAACCAAAGCAAGAAUUCCUUUCUAUGGAAGCUAUACAGAAAUGGAUCCAGUAAUGAUAGCUGCAGAAGGUGUGGAGAAGUUCAAAAAAGAAAACUUUGAAAUUAUAAUUGUUGAUACCAGUGGUAGACAUAAACAGGAAGACUCCUUAUUUGAAGAAAUGCUUCAAGUUUCAAAUUCUAUCCAACCAGACAACAUUGUUUAUGUAAUGGAUGCAUCAAUUGGUCAAGCCUGUGAAGCACAAGCGAAAGCCUUCAAAGAUAAAGUAGAUGUUGCUUCAGUCAUUGUAACCAAGCUUGAUGGCCAUGCAAAAGGAGGUGGUGCUCUCAGUGCUGUGGCUGCCACCAAAAGUCCAAUCAUUUUCAUUGGUACAGGAGAACAUAUAGAUGACUUUGAACCAUUCAAAACACAACCCUUCAUUAGCAAACUUCUUGGUAUGGGUGAUAUUGAAGGUUUGAUAGACAAGGUAAAUGAGCUGAAAUUGGAUGACAAUGAGGAACUAAUAGACAAGCUUAAACAUGGUCAAUUCACACUGAGAGAUAUGUAUGAACAAUUUCAAAACAUCAUGAAGAUGGGACCUUUCAGUCAGAUAAUGGGUAUGAUCCCUGGUUUUGGAACUGAUUUCAUGAGCAAAGGCAAUGAGCAGGAAUCCAUGGCAAGAUUAAAGAAACUGAUGACCAUAAUGGACAGUAUGAAUGAUCAAGAACUCGACAAUAAAGAUGGUGCCAAACUUUUCAGUAAACAACCAGGAAGAAUUCAAAGAGUGGCUCGUGGAUCUGGUGUUACAACCAGAGAUGUACAGGAACUUCUGACUCAGUAUACAAAGUUUGCACAAAUGGUGAAAAAGAUGGGAGGAAUUAAAGGUCUUUUCAAAGGUGGUGAUAUGUCUAAAAAUGUCAACCCAUCUCAAAUGGCCAAACUGAAUCAGCAAAUGGCUAAAAUGAUGGAUCCCAGAGUUCUUCAUCACAUGGGCGGUAUGGCUGGGCUACAGACUAUGAUGCGACAGUUUCAACAAGGUGCUGCUGGGAACAUGAAAGGCAUGAUGGGAUUCAAUAAUCUUUGAAGCAAAUGCCUUUAAUAAACUGAUUAACACAUUUGGAAAAUGAUUGAGCUUUAUUUUUUCUUCCACCCUCCCCUUUUUCAGGGGAGAAUGAUAGGGAGGAUGAAGUACAACUGAGAAAACUUUGUAAUCUUUCAAAAUUACUGAAUAACAUUGGUACACUAUUGUAUUCUUUUGAAUAUAUUAACUAGAGAGCAUUUUGAAAUUUGCUUUAUAUAACAGCUAAAGUUUCAUUAAGUGAACCUUUCCCUAAUAAUAUUGGGUGAAAUAAAUAUUGUUUAGCUAUUUCUUUUCAAGUAAGUUCUACAUGUUAUGCUGUAAAGUACAAAUAUAAACAUUUAAUCAUGUAAAAGUAGAAUUUAAUUAAUUUACCUAUGGAACAAUUGUUCAAGGGAAUAGUGUAUACAAUCAUUUGUAAAUGCAGUGCUUUGUUCUGAAUCAAUAAAAAAUUUCAUAAAAUAA